GAAGGCGGUGGGGAAGGCGGUCCUAGAGACAGGCAGCGUCGCUGCUCCGGCCCCAGCAUGGCGGCGGCCGUACGCGCUGCGUGCUGUCUCCCUGCACUGUGUGGUGUGCAGGCAGGUCAUUUCCUGUCUAGGCAGCUCUCUCUAAACACCUUUCCAGCAGCAGCUUCCUUUUUGGCAGUGAAGACAACUCUCAGCUAUGGCUCUUUGUCAUCAAGGGGAACAAAAACCAACCACUGUGUGACCAGCUUGAGCCAUGCGCUGCAGACACAGUGUUGCAUCUCCUCUCCCAUCAACUACACAGGGCAGCAGAGUAGACCUUACAGCUUCUUCACCAAACUGACGGCAGAAGAACUCUGGAAGGGUGCCUUAGCAGAGACUGGUACUGGGGCAAGGAAGGGCAGAGGCAAAAGAACAAAGAGGAAGAAGAAAAAGGAUUUGAACAAGGGCCAGAUCAUCGGUGAAGGGCGUUCUGGUUUCCUGUGGCCUGGUCUGAAUGUUCCUGUUAUGAAAAGUGGAGUGGUCCAGACCAUUGGCCAAAGAAGCAAAGAAGAGCAGGAGAAGGUAGAGGCAGACAUGACCCAGCAGAGAGAAGAGUGGGAACGGAGGAGGAAGAUAAAAGUUAAACGGGAGCGUGGAUGGAGUGGAAGCACAUGGGGAGGUGUCAGUAUCGGCCCCCCAAGCCAGGGGCCCAAUGGAGAAACAUAUGAAGACUUUGAUACCAGGGUCCUCGAGGUAAGGAAUGUUUUCAAUAUGACAGCAAAAGAGGGAAGAAAGAAGUCGGUCCGUGUCCUGGUUGCUGUGGGGAAUGGAAAUGGGGCUGCAGGUUUUGCUAUUGGGAAAGCCGCUGACCGUGCAGAUGCUUUCAGAAAGGCAAAGAACAGAGCAAUUCAUUAUUUGCAUUAUAUAGAACUAUAUGAAGGCCAUACAAUAUUCCAUGAUAUUUCACUAAGAUUUAAAAGGACACAGAUCAGGAUGAAGAAACAACCCAGAGGUUAUGGCCUCCGCUGCCACAGGGCCAUUAUCACCAUGUGCCGCCUCAUUGGCAUCAAGGACAUGUAUGCGAGGGUCACUGGGUCUAUGAACAUGAUCAACCUCACCCGGGGCUUCUUCCAUGGGCUUGCUCGCCAGGAAACCCACCAACAUCUGGCCGAUAAGAAGGGCCUCCACGUGGUGGAGUUCCGGGAGGAAUGUGGGCCUCUGCCUAUUGUGGUGGCCUCCCCACAGGGGACCUUGAGUAAGGAGCCAGAACUGGAGCCUGAGAUCCCUGACAUCAAACUGGACUGGCAAGAAGUGAAAGCCAAGCAGGGAAUGAAACGCUCAGUGUGGUCUGGUUUAAAGAGAUCUGCCACCUGAAGGCCCCCAGCUUGGUCCAGCAGUGCCUGGUGUUGCUCAGCACCUGGAAGAGACAGUGAUGUGUUACACACCUCACCCCCCCCUUUUUUUUUUUAAAGGAAAGUCCAAUCUUCAUUGUUUUCAAAUAAAUAAUUAUAGAUUUGAUUUAUU